AUGUCGGCUUGGGGCGCUCAUGGCAAGAUCGGYGGCUCGGCGGCCGCAACGCCAGAGGACGCCGAGACGCCCAUCCUGUGCGAGCCGUGCCUAGGUCCCAAUCCAUACAUCCGCAUGACCAAGGACACGCAAGGGAAGAUUUGCAAGAUCUGCACACGGCCAUUCACAGUGUUCCGAUGGAACCCGGGCGCAGGCUCGCGCUUCAAGAAGACCGAGAUCUGCACAACGUGCGCCAAGGUCAAGAACGUAUGCCAGACAUGUAUUCUGGACUUGCAGUACGGAUUGCCGGUACAGAUGCGCGAUGCAGCGCUCAACAUCAAGUCGACAGGUCCGACGUCGGAUAAGAACCGCGAGUACUAUGCCGAAAACAUGGACAAGCAGCUCGAGGGUGCGACAUCGCUCGUUGGCGCCUCGUCGAGUCCGGCGGGCAGGGCGGGGCAGGAACUGCUCAAAAAGAUGGCGAGAAAGGAGCCAGACUACAAGCGCGAUCGACCCGUGCAGUACUGCGCUGCAUUUGCGAAGGGCAAUUGCCCGCGCGGAGACAACCCAGCCGCAACAGGGGCACCAAAACGCAUCCUGAGCUCAACUGCAGCUGCGGGACUACCGCCACCAGCAGACACCAGCAUCGUAUCGCUAUUCAUAUCCUCUCUGCCAGCAGAUACCACCGAAGACUCGCUACGCAGCUGGAUGACGGCGCUCGCACCAGAGCUGCGCACCGAACACAUCAAGUCGGUCACGCUCGUCACCGCCUCGCGCUGCGCGUUUGUCAACUUCACCUCCCGCCAAAACGCCGAACGCGCAGCAGCACAUUGCAGUACAAAGAUGGACUGGGACAAUACCACCGUGCGCAUCACUUGGGGCAGGUCUCGUCCCACCAAGAAGUAA